GGUCAUCUUCUGUCCCCAGAUUUACAACUUAACUAUUUUUGAAAAACAAAUGUUCAGAAAUGAUUAGUUUCAAUGUGAUGGAAAAUAAAGAUGUGGGGGUGUUUUUUUUUUUAAAAAAAAAGUCAGUUGUAGACUCCGUAUGUAUAAAGCUGGGAAAGUCCUCAUCCCUCAUCCAAAGUGAGACGUGCAGAAGCAGGAUUCCAGAUCUUUUGACAGCUGGUCCUCAACUUGCAAUCAUUCCUUUAGUGACCGUUCAAAGUUACAGUGAUGCUGAAAAAAGUGGCUUGUGACCCAUCCUCAGUUACAACCAACAGGGCAUCCCCACGGGUCAAAAUCUGGACGCUCAGCAUCCAGUGUCCGAGGAUCAUGGGAUUGCCAUUUGCAACCUUCCCUGCAGGCUUCCAAGAAGGGGGAAGCCAGAUGUGCAUGGAUCAUUGAACAGCUGCAGUGUUUCAUUUACCGACCAGGGCAAAACAAGGUUGUAAAUUCAGGCAGGAUUUCACUUAACAACCACCUGCCUUAGCCCUAGAAUCCAUGGCUGGCUGGGGAAUUCUGGGAGUUGAAGUCCACCCAUUUUAUAUCUUUUAUAUAAAUUAAAGAGCCCAGGUUUUUAUUUUAUUUAUUUUAUUAUUUUUAUUUUACUUUUAUUUGUUAAACUUAUAUCUCCUUUUGAAGAAAGACCGUGGCCAAGGAAAAGGCUCAGGAGAACAACCACGCAGAGGGACCAAGAAGCCCAUGCUCCACUCCGCUCCUUCAUUCGACGCCUCGAGGAUGAGCGGCGCCGACCGCGCGGACAGAAAAGGGCGGGAACACGCCGGCCCCUCCCCUCCUCCGCCCCCACCAGUGCGAGCCGGGCGGGGAUCUGCGCUUGCGCGGCGUGCCCCGCGCCUGCGCAGUGAGCUCCGCCCGCCUCUCCCGCCCACCGCCUCGGCUGGCCUCCCUGGCGGCCUCGGGCCUUUCUUCCCUCCUUCGAGGCGGGGCGGAGCCGGCCGGGAGGCUUCAUUGUGCGUCCGGGCGCCGCCGCCGCCAGCCAGGCCGGGCCUCCCUCUCCUCCUCCUCCGGCUGCUGCCGCUGCCCUUCCUCGCCCCCAGCUUCCGAACGGCGCCGGCGCCUCAGUCCGAGUCCCUCCGCCGCCACCUCAGCAGCAUGUCGGGCCGGUCGGUGCGGGCCGAGACCCGCAGCCGCGCCAAGGAUGAUAUCAAGCGGGUGAUGGCGGCCAUCGAGAAAGUGCGCAAAUGGGAGAAGAAAUGGGUGACAGUUGGUGACACAUCCCUUAGGAUUUACAAAUGGGUGCCAAUAACAGAGCCCAAAACAGAUGAUAAAGCCAAGAACAAGAAAAAAGGCAAAGAUGAAAAGUGUGGUUCUGAGGUGACGACCCCAGAAAACAGUUCGUCUCCUGGGAUGAUGGAUAUGCACGAUGACAAUAGCAACCAGAGUUCUAUAGCUGAUGCUUCCCCUAUAAAGCAGGAGAACAGCAGCAACUCGAGUCCCUUGCCCGAGCAGAACUCGACAGGGCAGGUAGAUGGUCCUGGCUCAAAGUCGGACGAUACUCCGACGGAUGCAAAAGAAGAAGCUGGGUCAGAAGAUGCAUCUGAUGAACAGAAUUCACAGUCUUCGAUGGAGAAUUCCAUCAAUAGUUCGGAGAAAGUUGAAACAGAGCCUUCAGCGGAAAACGACACAACCACAGAGACAUCUAAAAACUCUCAGGACUCUGAAGGAGUGCCACCUCCUAAAAAGAUGAAAGUAGAGGCUCCCUCUCAAGAAAACAUGGAUGAAAUAUAAACUUUAGAUUUUCCAUGGCCGGUUUUUAUGUAAAGGUACAUCAAUGGGCUAAAUGAUCGAACAACCGUACAUAAGCAUCUUCUCUUGGACCAGGAGAAAACUCCUAUAAACUUUCCAAGCUACCAGGCGAAAACCCAAGGAAAACCAAGCAAACGUUUAAUCCCUUCAGACACUGAAAACUUUUUUUUUUUUUUUUUUUUUUUGUUCCUGUGAAGCAAAACUGUUGAGCAUUUAAGUUACUGUCUCUGAAAUGGUUAGAGGAAACACUCAGGAGGGGUCUACGCACUGUUUCUAAUUUCAGAAUUACAAUUAUGCUGCUGAUGUAUUUUUUUUUUUCCCCAUUCUCUAUUUAACAUUAUAAGAUAUUUAAGAAUGGUACAGGUCAGGUAUUCUCUUCACAUGUGAAGUUCACUGUUCUGGUGUGAUGUCUCUUUCUUGUUUUGUUUUUUUUUUUCUUUCUUUGUGCCUUGUGUCCCAAAACGAAAAACAAACAAACAAACAAAACAGGGCUAAUUCUGCAACUUCUCUUUUGCAAAGUAGCCUGUUAGUACAAUGCCAUAUAAAAUAUGUUCCGUUGUUGUUGUUUUUUUUAAAAAAAAUACUCUGGUGCUUACUGUCCUGAUAAGAGAUAACAUGAGAGAAAUUAAGAAGCCAUUUUCACAAUUGGAGGGCGGGCGGAUCCACGCUUGAUUUUCCUGUACCUCCAGGGCUCGCUUCCUUUUUGAAAUGCACCGUGUUCAAGUAUAAAUUUUCUUAAAUAAGUAAACCUCUCCUGCACUGCCUUGUGUGCCCCCCAAACCUCCUUGCUUUACAGACUUUCAUAGCGGAAUAAUGCAUCUUUUAGGCUGCCCCACAUAGCCUUCUUAAAAUUGAUUGAUUGGUUUCUGACGUUCACUUAAAUUAGGGUUUAUCUGGUUACAAAAGCAAUUAUGCGUUUUAAGUACUUGAAGCUGGAAAUCCGUCUUUGAGCUUUCUUGUGGCUUCGUUACAAAUGGAUGCACGCUGAAUGGCCGGUGUAAAGUUUGAAUAGAUCUAUUCUCCAAUCAUUUUUAAAGAUUCAACUGGAUUUUUACCGUUUUGUUCUUUCAUGAGAUGUUGACUGUUGUCCAACAUUUGUGUACUUGAGACUCCUUUGUUUCAAGAUUUGCCUGUAAAUACAGCUUCGUGAUUUUUGGAAUCUCUCGUUCAGACAGCUGUGUCCCGUGCACGCUUGACUUGGCCACAGAAGUUGAUUUAAUAGAAGCUGCAAAGGGCAGAGUGACUUACACAUUUGGGGUGCUUUUAUGCCAGUUGCUGGGGGCAAAAUUUAGUGAAAUCAACACAGCUUCAGUCGCAACAGAUUUGCACUUUGUCAUUUUCCAGUGGGGCUAUGUUGCGGUUGGACUUGCUAGAUUACGCUCAUUUUUUGUGCACUUAAGGACUGGAUAAGCUCCUACAGCUCCUUUGAGUAGGUGGGAAUAUUCUCUGUAGGAGAAAUGCUUAUAAAAAGCAGAAGACAGCAAAGGAGAACAAAUGCAUUUUGUCACAGCAACUAUAAAACAGUUACGCCUAGUUUGCUAUGGAAUUAGUAGGUGGCCUUUAAAAAAAAAGCUUCCAAUCCAGACACUUCCCUUAAUAAUUGCUUGUUUAAAAAAUACAUAUUUCUGAUUUCUCCAACAGUGAAAAUGGCUUUAGUUUUGACUGCUGUGUUGCAUUUGCAAUUAAUUAUGAAAAAAAUGGUUGGGUGAAGUGAAGGUGUCAAUUCUGACCAUCCAUCAAAUGUUUAUAGAGGCGUUAACUGCAAGAAGAGGCCUGCAUUUAAAUUUGAGAAGAUCUUCUCAUUUUUGUGUUGAAAUAAAUAUUUACAUCUCAUCAAAAUUAAAUUUUCUUGAAAAUUAUUCAUGACAGCAGUGUGCUCCUUAGAAGGUCUCUUUGUGCUUGGAUCACAUUCACAGAAUUCACAGAAAGAGACGUAUUUGCACAAUAUACAGAAUUAAAUGCUAAAGUGAUAUUUUUUUUUUCCUCUCAUUGGUGUAUCUGCUUCAGACAUGGCAAUGAUUGGUUAGUAUGGACAUGACAUCCAUCUUUAACCAGGGUUUGUGGGGUUUUCUUGGGGGGACAUGUUGGCUGAUCUAUGAAAUAGACAAAUAUAUUUUUUGAAGUUUAAAAAAAUCGUGAUUAUGUAGCUUUUAAUUGAUCACUCAAACGGUCCAUGGCUCUAAAACCACCCUGUCCAAUUGUCUAUAGAAGGUUCAGUUUUUGUGGUUGUGCUUUUAUGGUUUUUUUUACAAAGUUUCCAAGGAAAUAAAUAGGCUUCUUUUUUAAAGUUUUUUUUUAAGUUCAAAGCUGAAUCCUGUACUUAAACUGAUAAAGUAUGUAUGUAUAUAUAUAUAUAUAUAUAUAUAUAUAUAGCACUAAAAUACCUCAACUGUUUCAUUUGGUAGAAAAGAUCUAUUGGCAUUACUGACGUGAUAAGUUUAGUGAUAAAGCUGGCUUCUUAAUCUCUCCUGUGGCCUAUGUGGCUGAUUUUCCAUGAACUUUAGAUGAAUUCUGCAGCGGGAAAAAUGCUCAGGAGUUAACUUUGAAGAGUAGCGGUCAUUUUGUCCUUCCAUGGCUCAGAAAAACCAGCAAAAACCAGCAUCCUCAUAGUCCUUAAUUGAUGAUUGGAAUCUUCAUCUCCAACGCAGGCAGCUGGGCAGAGCUGAGACAACUGAGUUGUACAAAUUCCUGUUAAUGUCUGUGUGCACCAUUUGAACAGGUGGGGUGUGUGUGUGUGUGGAAUCAUACAGAGCAGAUAUGCAGAAUUGUACAAUGGUGUCUAGAUUGCGCUUUGUGUCUUUUUUCGAAGUGCCUAAUAACAUGGAUAGGCCCUUUGGUCGUGCAAGCUUGUUACACUUUAAACUGUUGGAAAGUUUAGGGUUGAGAACCAGCUGUUCAGGAUGUGUGUGUGUGGGGGGGGAGGUGUCUCCAUCUCUUCAGAUCUGGUCCCAGAUCCAGUUUGGGUCUGGCUUUACUGGGACUCGGGUUCAGCAACUGGUUUGAUUGCAGAUCCUAAGGGGGGAGGAGAAUUUAAAUUUUGCAUCACAGUGACUGGAAAUUCUCGUGUGAAUUAAUAAGAGUCAUUCACCAGGCCUGCGGGGAAGGGAAUUGUGCAGCCCUAGCAGUGAUGGGCCGUAUCCAACAUUAGUCAGAAAUAGUACAAGAGUUCAGAAGUGCUUCCUAAUCUACAGUUGGGUUAUUUGGCCCUCCAAGCAAGUAGACAUAAGCUAGCAAGGUAAUUAACUGACUUUGAUUGAGAUGGAAGCUAUAUGAAAAGGCAGAUUUUUUUUAUAGCCGAACCGUUCAUUUCUGAAAUUCAAAUGCUUGGGGAAAGAGUUAAACAUUCCAAAAAAGUGCGGGCGCUUUUAAGAACACCAAUUAAUGAGGCAGCAUAACAAUUAGUGGCUUGAUGGGUGGGUGGGAGAUGGGAACUGUGAGGGGCUAGCCUUCUUCACCCUGAAACAUGGAUAUGUUUUGAAAUGUUCUUUAUACAGUAUCUAAAGGCCUGCUAGCGAGGUGUAAAGAAUUUUGUGGGUUUUAUCUUUUUUUUCUUUUUUUGUUGAUGUUUUUUUUUGUAAAGAAAACACCUAAUUGGUUUUUUUUCCCCACCUUCAAUGAUUUUGUGUGUGUUGUACAGCAGUAUAAUUUUUCCACUUAUUUAUUCCAUCAGUAGCUAUGGUUUGUACAAUGUACAAUGGUUUCAUUUAGAAAAAAAAUUAAAAUUAAAAUUGCGACACUGCA